CGACGAGCUUCGAGAGUCGCCGCGCGUUCUCGAAGUAUAAAUAGAAUUCGCUGUGCUACGCCGCGGAUAUCCUCGAUAUAGUGCCACUCUGGACGUUCUUGGCUGCGCGCAAACUGUCAGUGUUGAAAGAACCCGAGGUUCGCGGUCAUCACGAGAGGAACAGAAAGAAAAGCGAAUUAUUAAACACGUAAUUAUUAAACACGUGGACGCAUCGAGAUCCACUUGGGAUGAACACUCUCGACUGUUCUACGCAGGAAGCUUAAGAGAGAUGUAUCAGAAUCGUGCGAACGUACAGGGAGCAUUGAAUCUGUCUUAAGUAAAGAAGCUGAGAGGCAAAGAAUUGAAGCGGUGUGUGGUACAUUAAGAAGAUUGUUAAAUCGUACCGUCAAAAUCCCCAGGACACAUUUUUUAAUUUCGAUAGUAAGAGAUAAGAUUCUCAAAUAGUUUUCAAAUCAAAUAAAGAAUAAUAAUCAUUCAAACAAAAAGUAAGGAAUAAAAAGCAAUAAGAUAAGAGGCCAAGUGUACUCGAGAAAGUUGUCCGACGGAAAAUCGGAAGACAAAUUCACUCGGAUUCGAUGAAAUUAAUGAAGGAACGACUUGCGUGAGGAGUUUCUGAGAAUUCCAAGAGGCACGUUUCGCGAAAACUGCUGUGAUCGGCGCAUCGAGGACAUCGCAAAUAUCACCAUCUUCGCUCGCAGGGCUCCUCGUUGAAUCAAAGAGGAGAUCGAGGCAAGAUCCCUCUCCGAUAGCCCUGCCACUUCCACUGUCCACAUCCGUCGACGGGUUGCCGGGUAUCGGCGCGGUAUGCGCUGCGCACGAUGGCAGUGCGCUAAGUGAGCGAGUGCGGGCAACGACGCGAGUCGUAAUACAGUACAGGUCGACAUGGCAGCGGAUUACGACGAGUGAUCGGCCACGACGGGUGGACUGUGGCGGGCGGAGAAGGUGCGAGAGAACGCGGCGAUAGACUAGGGAAAGAGUCGUGGAAGGAACGCGGAUUUGCGAUUUGGAGAACGGAGAGUGCUCAACGAGAUAAAGUCGCUCUCUCACGAGCGAGGAGAGCGGCUGUCGCGCCUCGCGCCGCGUCGCGUCGCGUCGCGUCGAGCGCGCUCGAAAAUAGAACGCGGUUGCGAGCGAAGCGAAAGAGAAGAGAGAAGCGGGCCACAAGGGGAAGAGCUGAGAGAGAGAGAGAGAGAGAGAGUGACUGACGGUUUAAGCCGGUCGUAGGAAUGUCGCGAGUGUCGCUCAACAAGUCGCAGUACGGCUCACGUCGCGUCCGCAAAAUCAGUUCGACGGAGAGCGAAUACUCAGUAGAAGAACAAGCGAGAUUAACGGGUACUGAUGGGCCAGGUGGCGAUGAAGCUUCGCCUGAGGAUGAGGGAGGUUCGCUCUGCGAGUACCACGACAUACCACCACCACCGGAUGGCGGAUAUGGUUGGGUGGUGGUAUUCGCAUCGUUCAUGUGUAACAUGAUAGUGGACGGUAUUGCCUACACGUUCGGCGUCUUUCUGGGAGAAUUCGUCAAGUACUUUGGGGAAGGAAAAGGCAAAACUGCCUGGGUUGGCUCAUUGCUGUCCGGAAUGUACCUCAGCGCUGGCCCCGUUGUCAGUGCUUUAACGAAUAAAUAUGGCUGUAGAGCAGUAUGUAUGGCAGGAAGUUUCUUAGGCGCCGCCGCAUUUGUACUUUCGACAUUUUCAAGCAGUGUAAAUAUGCUUAUGAUGACUUAUGGUAUUAUGGGAGGAAUUGGAUUCGGUUUGAUAUAUCUACCCGCAGUAGUUUGUGUAGGCUAUUACUUUGAAACCAAGAGAUCCCUAGCUACUGGCAUCGCUGUGUGCGGAUCGGGAUUCGGUACGUUCGCGUUCGCGCCUCUUGCAACUAUGUUGCUGGAGGCGUACAGCUGGAAGGGAGCAAACCUAAUCCUAGCUGGCCUCAUCUUAAAUUGCGCAGUAUUCGGUGCCAUGAUGAGACCUCUGGAAUAUCCGAAAACUUCCUCUGUUAAGCCAUUGCUGCAAAGAAUGGCCGAAGAGAAGAGAUUUCAAAUGGAACGUGGUAGUAUCGGUGGCUCCUACUUUAUGGUGCAGUUACCGGACGGAUCCAUGGAAAAGAGGAUGAAAAUGCCCAUUAAUAUUGAUCCCGGUGUUCAUUCCAGCUUCAAUUUAGACCAAUUAGUGCCUGUUCCGACGGUGCCAACCCUUCCCACCAUAUCUGAAGUGAAGGUGCAAGAGCACUCAUCUAGUGGACAUACCAGUGAUAGCGGCAGUAUGGAUUUAAAAAAUAUUUCCAACAAGUCCAAGAGCAGAAAAAGUAUCGAUGAAACCAAAGACACGAAGGACGCGGAGAAGCCAGAGAACGAGUUUAAUAAGACGAUAAUCCCCAGAAACGCGUCGCAGCCGGCUUUCACGACCCACGUUCAAGGUUUGCCUAAAAACGGCUCCGUGCCAUUCUUUGACAGAAUCCGUAAAACGAGUACCAGCGAACGCUACAAGCCUAGCCUUAGUGCAAUAAAGAAUUCUAGGACAACGCUUAAUUCUAACGGAGAUAUCAGAAAGAGCUUGCAUCUGAGACUUUCUACUAGCAGUAUGUUGGGAUCGCGAAAUAAUAAUGCUGAGGUUGAUGAUGGUGAGAGUAUUACUUUUACUACCAGUAAAGCUAGUAUCCAAAAAGAGAAACCAAUGAUUGUCCGUCCCUUAUCGAGAAAGGAUAUUUUCUACAGUGGUAGCGUAGUCAAUUUACCAGAAUACCAAAGCCAGAAAUCCCUUGCCAAUUACCGUCAGAGUGUUGUAUCUAUUCCUAAAUCUGUACGUGGUGAUUUGAAAGACAUCGAUAUCGAAAAAGCACAACAACAACCUUUAUGUCCUUGUUUGGUAUUGCCUGACUCGUUUAAGGAAGCUUUAGCGACAAUGAUGGAUAUGUCUUUAUUGAAAGAUCCUGUUUUCCUUCUAAUUGGUAUUAGCAAUGUGUUUGGUAUGGCUGGACUGUAUGUUCCUUUUGUAUAUCUGGUAGAUGCCGCAGUCUUAGAUGGAAUUGAAAGCAAUUCUGCAUCAUUCUUAUUAUCUAUUAUUGGAAUAACGAACACCAUAGGUCGUGUGGCUUGUGGAUAUGUCGCCGACUUUCCGCAAGUCGAUUCUUUAUUGCUAAACAAUAUUUGCUUAAUUAUAUCUACAAUCGCAGUAGCCGCUACACCAUUUUGUCAUAGUUAUGCCGCUUACAUCAUCAUGAGCAUAUUUUUUGGGAUAGCAAUAUCUGGAUAUAUCUCAUUAACAUCGAUCAUCUUGGUGGAUCUCUUGGGAUUAGACAAGUUAACGAAUGCUUUCGGCCUUUUAAUUCUAUUCAGAGGGGCUGCCGCUAUAGUUGGCUCACCCUUAGCGGGCGUUGUUUAUGAUGCAACGCAGAGUUACAGUAUCCCGUUCUUCAUGGCAGGGUUUUUCUUCCUUAUGAGCACUAUUACUAGUUUCAUGGCCCCUGCUAUGAAACGGUGUACUACACCGCAGACUCAACCUGUGAUAUUAGAUACAUUGACUCCAAUCGAUGAAGAUAUUGAAGAAGAGAAUGAGGAGGAUAUACCGGAGAUAGUAGAAACUGCGCCGUCACCCUUAGAGCCACCCGAGAAAGAGAUCAAGCAAAUAGAAUCUGUUUUAUAAGUACUUCUGAUCUUUUUUAAGUGGAUUAUAAAAAUCGCCUUCACUCCGAGCCACACUGUGAUAGGGCUGCUACUUUUGAAGUCUUAAAAAAAGGUACUUCUUUGUUACACACUUAAUCGAUAAAGCACAAAUUAGUGGCAUACAUACCUGAUGGAAUUUUGUAUCGUACUUACAGUUAGACUUGUAUGUACUAUUGUAUGUUUGUCAUAUUAUUUUUGGUUUUUUUAUUGGAGCGAAUAAAUGCGAUAUACGCGUGAAAAUUCCAUCAGGUACAGAUAAUUACUGUUAGUUG